AUGGAGCGGUUCCUGAGAUACGAAGAACCGAGUUCUCGAUCACGCAUGGGGAUGAGAAACCUGGCUGUUGCUGCCAGGCACAUUGCCACUAUGUCAGGCUGCUCGGAGGAUAUCCCCUAUGCACAAUUGCUUGAAGAGUUAUUUAAAUUGUUCACGGUGGACGCCGAGAGCAUUUUGCAGCAACGUUUUAGUUGGCGAUAUCGGCCUGGAGAGCGUAUCGUUGAUUAUAUGGCUGGAAUUCAUUAUCUGGUCAGACGAGGUUACCCAGGUUUGACACAAGAGGGCUUUGCAGUAGCAAACUUUCUCUGGAGACUACCUGGGAACUUGCUACCCGAUCAAUUACCGACGUACAUAAGGCUCUCAUGA